UUAAGCAACAAGUUGAAGCUUGUUUUAACAAAAAGUGACAGGAGGGAUGGAGUAGAUAUGAAAAAGCCUUUUGCCAAUAUCAAUACCAUUACAUUAGUGGACAACGACCACUUGUUGGAAUAUACAUCCUCUACCAUUGCACCUGCUUUUUCUUAUCUGUUUGAUGAUAAGCAAUUCCGUCCCGAUCAGAGAGAUUUUGAUCUGAUCGAACUGGAAGAAAGUAUUUGUUCUAUUCUUCAGUUGACAAGUGCCAGCACACUUCCAUUGGCUGACCCUACGGGUGGUAGCCGUUCCGCUUUGAAUGAUGUCUUUUUCCAACCCCAUCCGUUUCAACGUCAUUUCUCACCGACGGCGUCUACUGUUCACAGCGGUUCACUCUUGCCCAGGUUGGACAGCAUGCAUGUGGCUGCGGGACAAGGUGCCAGAGAUAGACACGAUGACCAUGAUCGAGCCCAUGGGGUGGGUGAUAUUCCCGUCCCAGAACAUCCAGAAGAAGAAGAAGGAGAAGAAGAAUUGAACAUCUUUGCAGAUAUCAUGGACUAUGGAGAUGAUUUUGAUGUGGACGUGAAUGAUAUGACGGAGGCUCUACAACGGUAUACGUCGGAAGUGCAUGGCGAGGAACGGCAGAGGGGUGCUCUUCAAGCCAGUGAUGACGUUAUCAGCCAUCGGUGCUCUUCAUCUUCUGUCUUCCAAAGUGCUGCUGGCGCUGGCAACGCUUUUGCGACGACUCCCUCUUCGGGGUCCACACUGUCAACACCACCAGGACGACACAGUGCCAGUGGUGGUAGUGGUGCGGGUGCGGGUGCGGAAGGGGUAUUUGAGCUACCGUCGCUUAUUCCUGAAGAAGAGGAUGAUCACCGCUCGAUUUCUACGGACCAAUAUUCAGCCAUCCUACCACUGGAGGCCGGGAGAAGCCGUAGUGAGGGCUCUCUUUUUGCGUCGUCACAGGACAUGUAUGAUGACAACGAUGCUACCCCUAGGAUUGUACCUUCGCCGGUGCCUCCUGUACGUCGACGUCCUCGUUUGGUAAGAAGAAUGAUGAUGGAAAGGGAAGAAGAUACAAUGAUUGUACCAUUUUUGGAAGACGUAUCGUCCAUCACUGUCCCUACGGCUGCUGGUGGUGGUGCAGCUGAAAAUACGGUGGUGGUGCCUGGUGCUUCCACUACGACUGUCAGUAGGAUGGCAGCUUCUUCUACACGCUUGACGCAUCCUGUUCUUCCUGAAAGAUGGAGGAUGGAACAAAAAAGACAGUUAUUGGUUCAUCCCAUGAGUACGUUUUGGCCAUCGAUAGGCACAUGCGAUGAUCCAUUCAUUGCUAUCCGAAGAGAAAGACAAGGACAAAGAAGGCUACCGAGAGCUGCUGCUGCUCCAGCAGUUGGAGUCGCCGUCCAUGAGUUUUCAUUACUAUUUUCCAGACGGAAUAGAAGGUUCUCAAACCAACAGUUUGGCGCAGAAUUGGGUCGAGCUGCAGAAGUUGCGCGACGUUUCGAUCAUCGUAGGGAUCGAUCGUCCUCUCAAUUUUCGCAACAUAAUCCUCUUUACAACCACUCGAGUAGUAACAAUACGAGUGGUCCUUUAUCCAUGGGAUCCCAAUCCGAUAUACAUACGCCAGAUGCGCAGCAUCAUUUGGAGCUUUUGGAACAAGGAGGAGCUGGAGUUGGAUCGGAAGGAGGAGGGGUCGUUGGAGAAGAGAAUGCUAUUGAAUUAGAUCAGAGAGAAAGGGAUCGACUCUACUGGCAGCAGCAAUUUGAUAUACCUUUUGAUGAUAAUGAUGAUAUCAUGGGGAACGACGAUAUAAACAACUAUGAUGAGACGGGGGAGGAGGAUCAGCGUCCUCAUUUUGGUAAGAUACGAGGAGCAUACACUGUUUGCGCACAGAUGAGGGUGCCCUUUUGUUUACGUCACGUUACUUGACAUUUUUGCGCUAACUUAGAUCUGAAUGAUGAAGGUGCUGCAUCCAAAGUAGUAGUGGAGGAGGAGGAGGAGGAGGAGGAAGAGUGCUCUCAUCACUCAUUGAGCGAUCUGUUCAGGCAAUUAAGUUGUGUAUCUACUCGAG